AUGUUCACUGGUUUCAUUGCUUUUAAACUUGAUACAAAACAAACAGAAUAUGAAUCUGCUUGGACGCCUGUUCCUAACAACAUCUACAGUUUAGUACUUGGUUUUCCACCCUCGAAUGUCAUCAUUGGACAUCACAUCAAUCCAUUUCCACAAUCAACUCCAACCAAACCGUAUCCAUUACAACAACCUGAGAGCAAAUUCCAUACAAAAAAAACUUUUCAUAUGGCUCCCAAAGUCGUUCCAACAACCUCUUCAUCCUCAUGCUCAAAAGAUUCUCUUAAAGAUGACGAACUCUGUAGCGAGUUAGAUGAAGAGGCCAAACUCAUGGUUGCUCAAGUUCUCAAUGACGCUGAUGCUGCUAGUGUGGCCAAUGUGACCAACUCGGGAAAAGUUCAGCCCAAACAACCUACUCUCCUUGCUGGAUGUUGUUCCAUGCGGCUCUUCAUUAUUUUACUCAUUUUGAUACUUUUAAUUGCUUGUUCUGUGUUCAUUUGGUUAGCAUCAUAUAUUGGUUCUUCUCAAGCAUUGAAUGCAUUGAGUGGUGAUUUAAUUUCACGAGUAGGUGAGAAGGUAAUGACUUUUAUGGAUUCAGAAUUGUCUCCGUAUAUGAAAUUGACUUGGUCUAUUGCUGACGAUUUCAACAAUGGAAUUAUUGGAAGAAUUCCUUCAUUGAAAUAUUUAUUUUCGAGGUAUCAUAUUUAUAAUCCGUUUGCAGUUGGAAUUUUCUUUCCACUCGAGUUGUAUACAUAUUUGAUAAGUGGUACACCACCCAAUGAAGUCCUUACUUUUGGAUAUAAACCAUUUAACUUUACAGGUGUGACUGUCAUGUUUGCCAACUCAACCGAUGGUAGUAUCAUUGGAGUGUUCAAUAAUGACACUCGUCCCUUCAUCAUUACUCAACAAGCAUACUGGACCAGAUCCUUCGAACUCUUCAACCAAUUAGGAGUGGAUGGCGUGUUCGGCGAACCAUAUGUCGUGAAAGACAGCGGAGUUUGUAUUUAUUACACAGUCAAGUUAUUCGAUCCCACUCUCUAUGCACAAGGUCAAAAACAAGUAGUUGGAGAGGGAUUCGUACUCGUGGCCGAACGAAAUGAUAUGGUGAUUGGUGGUUCCAUAAACACGACAGCUCUCGAUGGAAGAUCUCGAUUAUCAUUGUUUUCAUUGACCACCAAGAACGCUGGACCAUUGAUGCAAGAUUUGAAGAACAAGUAUGGUUCUUUGAAUGACAUGCCUCAAACUGUAGAGGUGAACAGUCUAGGUAUUGAUUAUAUUAUUCACAAAAUGGAAUAUUCCUUUCAGAAUAUUCGAUGGAAUGUCUUUUUAGUGGUCUAUAAGGAAGAUAUUGCUCGAACGACGAAUAUGAACACAUACAUAUCCGUGGGAGUUGCUGCAGGUGUGAUUAUCAUUGGUAUUUUGUGUAGUAUUGUCAUUGGUUAUAUCAUUACUCAUCCAUUACGAUAUUUAGAAAAACAAUUUAUGAAAAUCAAAACCUUUGAUUUGGAGAAGGUCUUAUUCAUUUCCAGUAAAUUCAAGGAAGUAGAUAGUAUUUAUGGAGAUCUCCAUGAAAUGGUUCAAUGGUUGAAUGAAUUCAAAAGUUUCUUGCCAGAGAAUGUUUUCAAUCAAUUGAGAAAUUUCCACUCGUCGUCCGAUAACCAUGAACAGAAAAAGCAAGACCAUAACUCCUCCUCACACAACAAGGAUGACACCAUAUCCUCCUCUGCAGGAGCAACAUCUGCAUCCAGAAUGUCCAGUAAGAAGAGUUCUCUUCAUGACCAUGCAGCAGGACCCAAAGGACUCUUUCGUCUUGGACUCUCACAAAAACAAACCAGUGUGGUGCAUAUUGAAUUGCAUGAUUUUGCAAAAACUCACUCAGCUUCAGAAAUUACACAUACCUUUGCAAAGAUUGCUAGUGGUUUAAGUACUUUGGCCAAGACCUUAAAAGCCGAUUUACAAAUUCACAGCGUUGAGGAAUUUCAACUUUCAUUCACCGACGAAGGAGAGAGUUUGGGACCUAACAAGAAGAAGACCAAUGUCGUGGCUUUGGAGAGUGCUUUAAAGAUUUCUAAAGUGUUAGAUAAUAUUGGAAAAUCAAACAACAAAAAGAGUGCAAACCACUUGAAAUAUUCGAUUGGAAUUUCUUCAGGAUUAUCCAAUACAGGAAAUUUAGGAACUUCGAACGUGAGAGUGUACUCCAUUGUGGGACCAGUGUUGAGCAAUGCGAGAAAAAUGUCACAAUUAGGUCGAGCUUUGAAUUGUAAAAUUCUCACCGAUUCUGUUUGUUCAGAAUCACAAUCUCAAUUUGUGGUGAGACCUGUCGAUCGAUUUCAAAUUGAGAAGUGUUCUACAACUAGUAAUGGAGAAGAAUAUCAGACUUGUGUGAAAUCAGUAUAUGAGGUCAUUAAGGAAAAUAUUGUUGAAAAAGAUGAAUGGAUGUAUGAAUUGGAACAGCAAAAAGCCAACCAAAGAUUCAAAGACUUCCAAACAGCCUUCUCUCUUUUUGAAGCAUUUGAAAAUUGCCAUAACAACAACACAAACCUUAAUUCUCACUCUUCUCCUGUCUCCCUGAAUCAAGUAUUAGAACACCUCAACCAAUCUCAAACCAUUCUUCAAGAACAUUUAGAGAAAUAUCCAGAAGAUUCACUCAUUACCAAUCGUUUAUUACGAGUCCUAGAUCCAUUCAUUGAAGAAGGAAAGAACCCAAGUAGUAGCACUCAUUCAGACUCAUUGGGACAAUCCUUCAUGCAAUCUCUCAUGAAUUAUCAUUCUGAAAUUUCCAUGUCGUUGAAGGGAGUGAUUCACAUGGGACAACCAUCUCAAGCCAAUAUGAUUGUUCAUGAUCAAACAAUUUGUUAA